UAACUUGGAUUUGUUAAAGACAUAUUUGAAGGUUGUUCCUAGUUUGUCAGUUUCUGUUCCUGCUGACUCUCAUUUGGGUGUGUUUUUGAUUCGCUUUUACCUCGUCCGUUUUUCCCCUUUUCUGAGACCAGAUUUGAAAACAAUGGACAAGUUGCCGGAGGAUAAGUUGAACGAGUUGCGGGAUGCAUUUGCCCUGUUUGACAAGGAGGGCAAGGGGGUGCUGAAGGCCAGUGAGAUUGGAGAUCUGGCACGUGCCAUGGGCACAGACUGCACCAUCGCCGAUGCCAACAAAAUCACAGGCGCCAAAGAAGACCCUAACAAAACUGUUAAGUUUGAUGAGUUUGUGCCAAUGAUGCUGGACCUACAGAAGAUCGUAAACCCAAUCAAGAAAGCAGACUUCAUCGAAGGAUUUAAGUGUGUGAUGGACAACAUGAACACUGGACUGGUGGAGAUGGUGAUGAUCAAGCAGGUGUUGAUGAAGUUGGGGGAGAAGUGUGACGAGGAGAGUGUCAUGUUGGCCCUCAAGGGUAUGGAGGACGACAAGGGCAUGGUCAAGUACGAAGACGUCAUCACCAAAGUACUAGAGGGAAACUACUGCUAGUAUCCAGGAACUUCGGGUGAAGACCAGUCGCCAAUGAAAACUAUGAAUGUUUUAUUUUGUAUUUCCUAUUUUUUGUAUACCGCACUUUGUUCUAACUUAUCCUAAAUUGAAAUCUUGCCUCAGA